UGGGCUACAAGCAGCGACGAACCCGAAAAUCUAGUUUCUUUCAGUUUUUUUAGAUGAUAAAAUCUACUACCAAUGCUUCUAGCUUACAGACCGAACUAAGAAGAAACAAAUGUGCCAGUGUGCAUCAUAUCGUUAUCGGUAAGUGAGCUGCGCACAUUAAUCAUGACCGAAAAACGAAAAGAGGACACCAAAAAGUCUCCCAUUACCGGUACGAAAUUGUCAGAAAAGUCACGUAGUUCGCCCGGGAAACAACCAUCAGCUAGCGGCAUCGAUGCGAACUCUAUCGAUAGCUCCAAUGGAAGCUUGUUCGACCUGCGCACCAAAUCCGGCCAAAUCCUGUUCAUCAGUGUUACGCUUGCCGCUGUGAUGCUGGUCCAGUGUUUGCCUAAUGAUUCGCUCAAAUCAUUGCUGCGACUACAAUUACCGACUCAGCAAUGCAAACCGGAGGUUCAAAUUGUCGAAAAACGUGUACAAACCGUUGAGCCGCACCCAAAGUAUUGGAUCUACGGCCGAAAUCCAACCGGUGGUCAUUUGCUUCACGUGCACAACGUACUGCAGCGACUUGGUAUCGAACAAACGACGAACGACACGGACGAUUGGGAUUUGCUCUGGGCUCACGAUUAUCCGUUUCGCAAGGUAAACCUGCAACGGAUGAGACCACACCAACUUGUGAACCAUUUUCCCGGCUCAGGUUACAUCACCAACAAAGUGGAUUUAUCGACAACCUCGUUACCAUACAUUGCGCCCGCAUUUAAGCUUCCUGCCGAAGCAGGCCGAUUCCGGGAGUAUGCCGCGGCUAAUCCGGGGAAGAAAUUUGUCCAAAAACACAACCAACAUCGGCACAUUCAGAUCCGAUCGCUGGAUGAAAUCGUGUUCAACGAUAACGAUACAUUCAUCCAGGAGUUUAUAGAUGACCCGCUGCUGGUGGACGGGCAUAAGUUCGAUAUUGGUGUGUACACGGUGAUUACCUCGAUCGAUCCGUUGCGGGUUUACAUUUACAAAGGCGAUAUUCUGUUUCGCUACUGUCCCGUGCCGUACUACCCGUUCAACGCGUCCAACGUCGAUAAGUACAUCGUGGGAGAUGAUUAUUUGCCUACGUGGGAAGUGCCGUCGUUGAAGCAAUACUACUCCAGGCUGGGAUUUGGUAUGAAGGAUGCGUUUGAUGCAUACAUCCGCAGCACCGGUCGCGAUCCUGCCGUUAUCUGGGAGCAAGUGGAAGACGCUAUACGGAUGUUGAUACUUAAGAAAGAGCCACUGUUGGCGGCGAUCCUGCCGCGUUACGCUAGCCGGCGCAACUUUUUCGAAAUGAUGCGCUUCGAUCUGGUUGUCGAUAACAAACUUAAGGUGUACCUUAUGGAGGCCAACAUGAGUCCCAAUCUUUCAUCGGCCCAUUUCAAACCGAACCAGCUACUGUAUGAGCAGGUGAUCUACAAUCUUUUCCGAUUGGUUGGAGUUGGUUCCACUACACGUCGUGAUUCGUUCCGCAAACGUUCGCUAGAAACGGAAGCGAUGCUUUCGUCACUCAAAAACGUGGCCGCCUCUGCCGACGUUUGCUCCGACCUACCGUGUACGGAAUCGUGUGCCCCGGUCGAGUGCCAGCUCUGCAGCACGUGCUUGGAAGGUGACGAUCUAUACGAGCUCCACCGUGCGUACCGGGAGCACAUGGAACGGGGUGAUAUGAAGCGAAUCUUCCCUGUGCCAAAGAUCGACCGCCAAAAGCUGGACUUUGAGGGUCUGUCGGCGAAAAACCAGCUGAUGUCCCGUUGGUACGAAGAAAAGUGCAAAAUGGAUCAAUCGUACUGUUAGAGAGAAAUAUCUAUCGGGAGUAUGGAUUCACCAUUCACGGUUUUUAUUACAUAAAUUAGAAUUCAUUUUUUAUUGAAACAUUUUAAGAAUCUUCAUCCAACUCAAAUAAUGAGGAAAAACGUUUUAACUUAUUAUUAAUCAACUUAAGUCCCAUUUGUUGUUCAUAAGAUUUCAAAUGUCCCAAGUUUUAUAGUAAAUGUUGUUCGAUUUUUAAUAAAAAAAAACUAAAAUAAAUGAC